GCAGACUCUGAGAAGAAGAAAUUAGCAACUGAAACAAAGGCUCUAAUUAAGGUGCCUCUGUGACCAAGUCCUCCUGCCUUGAUGGAUUAUACACUCGAGCCUAACGUGACAGUUACUGACGACUACUAUCCUAAUACCAUCACAAGCCCCUGUGAUGGGGAACUCAUCCACAGAGAUAGCAAGUCACUUCUUGCCAUCUUUUACUGCAUCCUGUUUGUACUCGGUCUUCUGGGAAACAGCCUGGUCAUCCUGGUCCUUGUCAUCUGCAAGAAGUUAAGAAGCAUCACAGAUGUGUACCUCUUGAACCUGGCCCUGUCUGACCUGCUUUUUGUCUUCUCCUUUCCAUUUCAGACACACUAUCAGCUCUAUGAGUGGGUGUUUGGAACUAUAAUGUGCAAGGUGGUCUCUGGCUUUUAUUACAUUGGCUUCUUCAGCAGCAUGUUCUUUAUCACCCUCAUAAGCUUGGACAGGUACCUGGCAAUUGUCCACGCUGUGUAUGCCAUGAAAGUGAGGACAGCCAGGAUGGGCACAGCCCUGAGCUUGGUAGUAUGGCUGACUGCUAUCUUGGCCGCCAGCCCACUGCUAGUAUUUUACCAAGUGGCCUCUGAAGAUGGCAUCCUACAGUGUUAUUCAUCUUACAAUCAACAGACUUUGAAGUGGAAGUUCUUCAUUCACUUUGAAAUGAACAUCUUAGGCCUGUUGAUCCCCUUCACCAUCCUUCUGUUCUGCUACAUUAGUAUCCUGCUCCAGCUGAAGAAUUGCCAAAACCACAACAAGACCAAGGCCAUCAAGCUGGUGCUCACUGUGGUCAUUACAUCUUUACUCUUCUGGGUCCCAUUCAAUGUGAUCCUCUUCCUCACUUCCCUGCACAACAUGCACAUCUUGGAUGGAUGCGUCACGAGCCAGAGGCUGAUAUAUGCCACCCAUGUCACAGAAACCAUUUCCUUCACUCACUGCUGUGUGAACCCUAUCAUCUAUGCUUUCAUGGGUGAGAAGUUCAAGAAACAUCUCUCAGAAAUAUUUUGGAAAAUUUUCAACCACAUCUCCCUCUUCCUGGGGAGACAAAUCCCCAGAGAAAGCUGCGAAAGAUCAUCUUCUUUCCGUUCUGCAACCACGGACUACAUUUUGUGAGGAGUGUACCACAAAGUGGGCCUCUGCUUUCAUCACCACUCUUCUUUCAAAAGGAAAACAUGAUUUAUAUCAGAGUCU